AUUGUUUUAAGACACACUAGAAACACUGUGAAUUGUCCUUUAAGACUGGGGUUUAGACGUGUGUCAGUCCUCUGGAAAGGUCAACAACAACGGAACAAGUUUGCCUGUCAGACCAAACUGAGGGCAUCAAUAUCCCCAUAAUUAUCGAUCCGUCAGGUGGAUGGUCGAGCAGCAGAUGGAGACUCCAGUCAGAUGCAUCUCGUUGGGAUGACAGCAGUGACAAGAACAGGCUUUAGACUUGAAGAUAUCAGCAGUGUGACCUGCCUCCCGCUCAGACCGGAAGCAGAGAUGAAGGCGGUGGUCUGCAGGUGUGUGUGUGUGAGGCAAGAAGAAUGACCAGAUUCAGAGAAGAGGUGAAGGAGGACAGUAAUUCUGCGUGUUUGAGUUUUGAAGGGGGAUUUGCUGGAUAGACCUUGAUUAUAUGAAAUAUGAAAGAGCUCCUCAGAUGUUUCUGCUGUCAGGAAUAUAAACAUGUUGCUGCAGUAAGAAGAGGAGUCAGAGGAUGUGGAGAUGUGUAAAGUAGAGAAGGAGAGAGCAGAGUGCCUGCACUGCCUGGAAAAUCAUCAUACGGGGUCAGCACAGCGUCCAGAAAGACUGAAGGAAGGGGAAGUGAAGAAGAGGAGAGCAGAGGAGUACGCUGAUGCUGCUGAGAGAAAGAACCAGAGCAGGAAAGGAACUGAUCACAAUAUCUGCAGAGACAAGAAAAGACUUUUGGCAUCAUUGCCGUGAUCAUAAAUCAAGCUGCUGAAAUACAAGUGAAGUCAGAGAGAAUAAAGAUGGCGCUGGACGCUGCCAGGAGAUAUUUAUCUGGAGAAGAUCAGAUGUGACACUGAGGGAAGGAUUUGCAUCAACUCAGGCAGUUGGGUCUGAAUUAUAGAAAGGAAAAUGUCGUGAACCGGAUCACUUUGGUUGGACACUGUAAAUAAUUUGCACUGUGACGCUGUUACAGUCCAGCAGAUGGCGGUAAUCUGACACUUAUGGACGCCAACCGGCCGCCGUAGCGCAAAACAAAACACAAGAAGAAGAAGAUACAGGGGGGGGGGGGGGGUGUUGGGGGGCGAUCUGACAGAUUGAACUAGAAGCUUCUACCAGCCCGCACAGCUGCGUUUAUGUUCGCUGUCAGCGGCAGCGAGGCUCAUUUUACCGGCUAAAGACGUCCCGCUGAGGGCUGCAGGGACCCGGCUGUCAGCGGAGAGGAGCCGCUAGCUCACAGGCUAAAAACAAAGCUAAAGCUAAAGCAGUUGUUUACAGUACAGGAGGCUAACUGACGGCUAACGGAGGCUAACGGCGGCUGUCAGCGGGGAUGUUCGGCUGUUUGGUUGCUGGCAGGUUGGUGCAGACGGACGCGGUGCAGGUCUCCUCGGAUAAGUUCGUGUUCAACCUGCCGGACUAUGAGACGGUGAACCACGUGGUGGUGUUCAUGCUGGGCACGGUGCCGUUCCCCGCGGACAUGGGCGGCGCCGUCUACUUCUCCUUCCCGGACCCGGCAAGCGGCGGCCCGGUGUGGCAGCUGCUCGGCUUCAUCACCAACGACAAGCCCAGCGCCAUCUUCAAGAUCUCCGGGCUGAAGGCCGGGGAGGGCGGCGCGCACCCCUUCGGCUCGAUGGCCUCCUCCUCCUCCUCUUCCUCCAUGGCUCAGGUCGGUGUGUCGGUGGAGCCGCUGCAGCAGCUGGUGCAGCAGAUCCCGGUGUCCGGUGCCGCCGUUUCUACCGUGGACUCCUUCAUGCAGUUCACGCAGAAGAUGCUGGACAGUCUGUUCAACUUCGCCGCGUCCUUCGCCGUGUCGCAGCGGCAGAUGACGCCGAACCCCGCGGAGACCUUCAUCCCGUCCAGCUGCAUCCUCAAGUGGUAUGAAAACUUCCAGAGACGGAUGUCCCAGAACCCGAACUUCUGGAAAAACUAAAGACUAAAGCAGAGGAAGUACCAAAGACUCGCUGAGGACAGUCUGCACAGUGCCUAUAAGUUUAAUAAGAGUUCAUCAGAUUUUAUCAGACUGGCCCCGAUCUGUUAAAGUGUCUUUAAGAGUCAUUUGGUCUCUUUUUUUCAUUCAAAUAACAACAUAGUGACUCUGGAAUCAGCAGCUCAACAAAACACCAACAAAAGUCCACAAUGUUUGUUGUUUCUGAAGAUUUCAACCACAUCCAGUGGUUAUAAAAUAAAUAAAAAAGGUGAAUUCCACUUUAUUCUCAGUGAGGUUUUCCUUGAUUGAGGAAUUUUGUAGAAAUGUCAAGUGUUCCUGAAGAUUCUUUAACUGUUAUUUAUACUGGAUUAAACACUCAGAGCACUUUAUUAGGAACACCUGUGUAAUCUAAUGUAACCCAAUACAACUUUAUGUUUAUUAUUGAGGAUGUGGUUGUGUUCUUAAUAGCAUUAUGUUGAAAAGUGUUUCUAGUAUCUUGUCUAAAAUAUUAGGAACCACCAGCACCCACUACAACAUCACUAAUAAACAGGAAGUAGAAUUAUCAGCUUUCUCACAACGUCAAGAAAAACUGAAAAUGUAAAAACUUCAUAAAAGUAAAAUAUAAGUGACAGGUGUUCCUAAUAAAGUGCUCGCUGAGUUUAUUAAAUGAUGUUAAAAUGAAACUGUGAAGUUUCAGGAUUCAACAGACACAGAGUACAAGCACCUUUGAAUUCUUGUGCUGUUCACUCACUCGUUAAAAAAACUAAUUAACAAUAAA